UCGACUGGUUAACUGUCUACGGAACAACAUGGCUCUGAAGGUUUUGAUCGUGGCAGCUGUUGCAAUCGCAUGUGCCUUUGCAGAUUUACCUCCAUCCUAUGGGCCUCCUGCACCAUCCUAUCACGCUCCUGCUCCUGUGGGUCCUGCUCAGUACAACUUCAACUACGCCGUGAAGGACGACUACUCCAAGAACGACUUCGGCCAUCAGGAGGCUCGAGAUGGCUACGACACAAAGGGAACCUACUACGUGCAGCUUCCCGACGGCCGUCUGCAGAAGGUGACUUACUACGUCAACGGUGACUCUGGAUACGUGGCCGAGGUGUCCUACCAGGGAGAAGCUUACUACCCACAGCCCGCCAAAGGAUACCAACCGGCUCCUCAGGUCGGCUACGCUUAAAAUGAUUUACCGUUAAUGUUAUCUAGGAUCGUAUUAUAGUUGUUAUUAAACUAACUUAUGUUUUAUGAAAUUGGCCAUGAUAAAAACGAAUAAAAGAAAAAGAUUGA